CAUAGGGUCACCAAUGGCUUCUUCUUUGCUUGCACUCUUCUCCUGUCUCUUCCUCUCUCUCUUAUCUCUCUCCUCCUCCCUAAAUCUCCGCCGUCCGAUCUUCUCUCAAUCCAACGACCUCGAUCUCUUCUCUUCUCUAAAUCUCGACCGUCCAUCUCUCGCCGCCGAUGACAUCCACGAUCUUCUCCCACGCUACGGAUUCCCGAAAGGUCUUCUUCCCAACAACGUCAAAUCGUACACUAUCUCCGACGACGGCGAUUUCACCGUUGACCUGAUUUCCAGUUGCUACGUCAAGUUCUCCGAUCAACUCGUUUUCUACGGCAAGAAUAUCGCCGGAAAACUCAGUUACGGAUCUGUUAAAGACGUCCGUGGAAUCCAAGCUAAAGAAGCUUUCCUUUGGCUACCAAUCACCGCCAUGGAAUCGGAUCCAAGCUCUGCCACGGUUGUGUUCUCCGUCGGAUUUGUGUCCAAGACUUUACCUGCUUCCAUGUUCGAAAAUGUUCCUUCUUGCUCAAGAAACCUAAAUCUUCAAGACUCUUGAAUCCACCUGAAACGAUCUCAAGAUUCAACAUUCCCUCCACCCUUUAUAGUUUUGUAUUUCAGAAGUAUUUUGCUUGGUUUCGUAGAUAUAGGUUCGAAUUGGAAAAGAUACUAUCUUAAUUAUUCGAAUCAGAUUAUGUUAUACUGCCCAAA